UCACACUCACUCUCCUGUCUCUCCAAUGGCCUUCACUUUCUUCUCUCCUCACCCCGUCUUCCUCUCUCUAGGUCGAACCACCUCUUCCUCUUCCUUCUCCUUCAAACCGGCAUACUCACCAUUCUCCCGAAAUCCCCGUCGUCAUCUUCAGCUAGCGGCGGGCCCCACCCGUCGUAGCUCUUACCCGAACCCGGCGGACGACGACCCGCCCGAAGCCCCGGAGGAUUCGAUGCACGGCGUCUCCAAGUUUCAGCAGAUACAGCGCCAAGCCGCCAGAGCGCGGAAGCUGGAGGAAGAAGACUUCGAGAAGAAUCGAAACACGUACCUCUCGGCCAUCGCUGACGUGGAAGACGCGCCCGAGACGGGACGCGAUGACGUGGAAUCCGGAGGCGAUCUGUUCUCGGACAUUGAUAGAGCCAUCUCAAUGAAACGCAGCGAGUUCGUUAAAAAAGGACUGCUCCAACCUAAUCCUCCCAAAACGGCGUCGUCUAAGAAGACAAACGAGGAAGAAGAAGAAGAGGAUGACGUCACCGACGAGCUUGACGAAGAAGAAGCUGUGGAUUUAGACGAGAUCGAUAAACUGACUGGAUUAACCGAAGCUUCCGACGAAGAAGACUGGGUCGACGAGGAAGGGAACCCUAGGAUCAUCAGCAAGAAGAAGGAGCAUCAAUUCGAGUUCGAUUUGGAUGAUUUCGGCGAAUCCAAGGCGAGAAUCGUGGAGCCUAAGUUCAGACUGAGCUUAGCCGAGCUCUUGGACGAGAGCAAAGUGGUGCCGAUCUCAGUCUACGGCGACUUAGACGUCGAGAUCACCGGAAUCCAGCACGAUUCGCGAGGCGUAAGCGCCGGAGAUCUCUUCGUGUGCUGCGACGGAGGAGACGACUCCGUCCUGAGCGAAGCUGACAAGAGAGGAGCGGUGGCGGUUGUGGCUAGCAAAGAGAUCGAUAUUGAAGAUACGUUAGGCUGUAGAGCGCUCGUCAUCGUCGAAGACACCGAAGCAGUCUUGGCUGCGUUAGCUUCUUCGUUUUAUAGGCAUCCGUCGAAGGACAUGGCGGUUAUCGGAGUCACGGGGACUAACGGGAAGACGACCACCACGUAUUUGAUUAAAAGCCUCUAUGAAGCUAUGGGUGUGAGAACAGGAAUGUUCAGCAGUGUUUCUUGUUACGUCCAUGGAGAUAACAAGAUGGAUUCAACGACGACGAGUCCUGAUGCUGUUUUGGUUCAGAGUAUGAUGGCGAAGAUGUUGCAUAAUGGAACCGAAGCUCUGGUUAUGGAAGCUUCUCCUCAAGAACUCGCUUCAGGGAAAUGCGACGAAGUUGAUUUCGACAUUGCGGUCUUCACGAAUUUAGCCAGAGAGGAUAGUGGCUUUCGCGGUACUGAUGAGGAGUAUAGAGAUGCUGAAGCCAAGUUGUUUGCAAGAAUGGUCGACCCGGAAAGACACAGGAAAGUGGUUAACAUUGACGAUCCAAACGCAGCGUUUUUCGUCCAGCAAGGGAACCCUGAUGUUCCUGUUGUGACGUUUGCAAUGGAGAACACGAAAGCGGAUGUUCACCCGUUGAAGUUUGAGCUGUCUUUGUUUGAGACACAGGUUUUGGUCAAUACACCUCAGGGUAUACUGGAAAUUUCGUCUGGUUUGUUAGGACGGCAUAACAUUUAUAACAUUCUUGCUGCUGUUGCUGUCGGGAUAGCUGUCGGAGCUCCUCUUGAGGAUAUUGUUAGAGGUGUUGAGGAAGUCGAUGCUGUCCCGGGGAGGUGUGAGUUGAUUGAUGAGGAACAAGCUUUUGGUGUUAUUGUGGAUCAUGCUAACACACCUGAUGGUUUGUCAAGGCUGCUUGAUUCGGUUCGAGAGCUUAAGCCAAGAAGAAUCAUUACUGUUAUUGGCUGUGCGGGUGAGACUGAGAGAGGGAAACGACCGGUUAUGACGAAAAUCGCAACUGAAAAGAGUGAUGUGACGAUGUUGACAUCUGAUAAUCCGGGGAAUGAAGAUCCAUUGGACAUAUUGGAUGACAUGUUGGCUGGGAUUGGAUGGACGAUGCAAGAGUAUCUGAAACACGGAGAACAUGAUUACUAUCCUCCAUUGGCAAAUGGUCAUAGACUCUUCCUUCACGACAUUAGACGUGUAGCUGUGCGUUGUGCUGUUGCGAUGGGUGAAGAAGGUGACAUGGUUGUGGUAGCAGGGAAAGGCCACGAAGCGUAUCAGCUUGAAGGUGAUAAGAAAGAGUUCUAUGAUGAUCGAGAGGAAUGUCGGGAAGCAUUACAAUACGUUGAUGAGCUUCAUCAAGCUGGAAUAGACACAAGCGAGUUCCCAUGGAGGUUACCAGAGAGUCAUUAAUAUCUCUCUAUGGUGAGAUCAUUAAACCAUGAAUCAGAUUUACUUCCACCGCCAAGAUAGAUUUGCAGAGAGCUCAUGAAUUCUGUACGAGAGACUUGGAGGUGUUUAACAACCCUUUGUGAGUCAUCAGGUAAGUGUAGGGGAGAGAAGAGAUUCUAAAGGUGGAGGAAGAUGUGUACAAAUUUUUGUUAGUGGUUGUUGCGUUUGUCUGUGUUGAGGGUUUAAGAUAUGGCAGGUGUUUUUUUUAAUAAUAAGCCUUCAUUGGCUCGAAAUUAAAUUGGA